AUGUGUGUCACGUCCAUCCCAAGUUGUCGCCACACUAUGGUCCUUUCCAGAUUGAAGCUUUCAUCAGCCCCAUGGCGAGCUACAACUGCCACCAUCUGCCUGAAUUCGUCUUGUAUUCCAUGUGUCACAGUUCAAGAAAUCCUUAAUUCUCGUUCUAUUGCUGUUGUGUUGCCCCAAGGACUGGAAACUGAUGACGAAGAGUCUCCUACACCAGGCUAUUAUAGCUACUCAGGGCAGUCAAGCGACAGGGUGCUGUACAUGCGGAAUGGCUUAUUCUAUGGACGUCCCUACCCGUGGAAGAACUCAGAUGAAUAUUCAUGGAAGAAAUCCAGAGAUUUGCUUGAGAAGGUUGUUAGACAAGGAGAACUAACUGGUUAUAGAACCCCUUGUCUCCUUAUCGCUGCUAAAGAUGAUUUAUCUCCAUUCCCCAGGGCAGUACUAGAUUCGGUGAAGGUAACGCAGGAAUUGGGAAUAAAGGCACCUGUUCACGUUAGUAUGAAAUUAGGUGAUUCAAGUAAUGUGUAUAAUAAAAUUGUUAAUGCAGCAGAACACCCUCAUUUGAGCAUCCCAGAAACUGAGAUUUCACGAAGAAAGAAGCGACACCACCAGCUUCUUCAUCACACUCUUAUUUUUGCCUUGGUUGGAGCUGCCAUGGCUGUUACCGGUUUGACAGCUUGUCGCGUGCGUGGAGUGAAGAAGAAUGCUAUUACUGCUUAG